AUGGCCAUGUGGCAGAAGCCAGAGUUCUCGCUGACCACACCCCCUGUGGCUGUAUGGAGCUGGGAGAAGAUGAAUCACAAACCACUAAGAGCUGGAGGCAAGAGGCGAUCUGUUCGUCUGAAAGAGAGAUCUAGAGUCGAAUCAAAGCCUGAUGCCCAAAGCCCUGUUCCCAACGUUACAUCUCAUGGAAAGUUCCAUCUCUUAACUCCACCUCCAUUUUCUUUGUCGUUUGGCUCAGAACCCAGCAGCAGUGAAGUUGUGCAGUUUUUGGAACAUUUUGACGAUUAUGCAUUAGUAUCGAGCACUCCUCUUGAUAGCAAAAAAAUACCCCCUUCUAAGAAUUAUCCCUUAAAGCAGUCGCUGUUCGAUUUAUCCAACAUUGAUGGCUCUAAAAACCAGUCAGCAUCUUUUCUCACUACUCCUACAAAACCAUCAAAAAACAAUCUCCAACUCUCAUCAUGGGGCAUUCCACAACAUGUGCUUGAUCAAUACGCCAUAAGGGGAAUCACCACUAUGUUCCCGUGGCAGGCAGAGUGCCUCACUAUACCCGGUGUUUUAGAAGGAGGAAAUCUUGUCUUUUCUGCUCCAACUAGCGCUGGAAAAACUUUGGUAGCUGAACUCCUUGCUCUGAAGUGUGCUCUAGAACUGAAGAGGAAAGUGAUUAUUGUUCUUCCUUUUGUUAGUAUUGCUCACGAGAAGUCAAACUAUUUGAAACAAGUGUUUGAGCCAUCUGGAGUCAAAGUGGGUGGUUUCAUAGGCAACCAAGCACCAGCUGGAGGAUUUGCAUCAGUGGAUAUUGCUAUUUGUACCAUAGAAAAAGCUAACAGCCUUGUAAACCGUCUUCUAGAGGAUGGUACAGCCCAUUUGCUUGGGCUGGUUGUAGUAGAUGAACUACACAUGGUAGGGGAUCCGUACAGAGGAUAUUUACUUGAACUUUUGUUGACUAAACUUUUAUAUGUCUCUAAAAAGCAAGCACGAAAAUCAAACGAAGAAGUAGCACACUCACAUUCGUCCAUUCAGCUAGUGGGUAUGAGUGCCACACUUCCUAACCUAGACAUGCUAGCCAGCUGGCUAGGAGCACAGCUCUUCCAUACUGAUUUUAGGCCUGUGCCUCUGCAAGAAAUGGUUAAAGUUGGACCUACAUUGUUUGACAUUGGCUUCAAGGCACUGAGAACAUAUGAUCCGUCUGAGUCGUUGCCUGGUGAUGAAGACGAUAUCCUUCUAAUUUGUCGAGAAACUGUUUCCAAAGGGCACUCCGUUCUCAUUUUCUGUCCAACUAAAGCUUGGUGUGAGAACUUGUGCCUGACUCUCGGGCAAGCGAAAGUAGUUGAAGUCAACAAAGAACUAUCAAAAGCUUUGACAGGAGUGUGUGAGCAGCUGCGUAGGACACAAGUUGGAAUUGAUCCGGCAUUGGAGCGCUCAGUUCCAAAUGGUGUGGGCUUUCACCAUGCUGGUCUAACAAUGGAAGAAAGAGAAAUAGUGGAAGGAGCAUAUCGACAGUCGCACUUGAAAGUGCUGGUAGCUACCUCGACGCUCUCAUCAGGAGUCAACCUUCCAGCACGACUGGUUGUUAUUCGAACACCUUUUUUCCAGAGGUCACUUCUGGAUGUUCUCGUGUAUAAACAGAUGGUGGGAAGAGCUGGACGGAAAGGAAUUGACGAAUCAGGAGAGAGUAUUCUCAUAUGCAAACCGAGUGAGCGUUCAAAAGUUGUUGGAAUGCUAAAAGCAGCACCCAAACCUGUAACAAGUUGCCUGAGUUCCCCUUCGACGUCCAUGAAAGAUGUUAGUGCAAAUCUCAGUGCUAUGAAGAGAGCUCUUUUAGAAGUCAUUACCAGCUCAACAGCCAACACUGUAUCAGAAUUACAGUCUUACACCUCAUGUACUCUUCUCUAUGCCGAGAUAACAAAAGAUCAAUCAGCUAAGAAUGUCAAGCUUGAAGAUGUUUCUCAAUCGGCUUUGGAACUUCUAAAACAAAAUGAAUUCAUAUCCUCCCACUCGAACCAGCCUCACAGUGAAGAAAUCCAGAAGGAGCUGUCUUACUACGCCACCCAGUUUGGGGCUGCUACUGUGGCAUCUUCUCUGUCUCCUGAUGAAGCUCUUGUAGUGCUCGGAGAUCUUCUGAAAGCAAGAAAAAACUUUGUGCUGGAGAAUGAAUUGCACAUCAUCUACUUGGUUACUCCUGUGUAUGUGCAGAACCAGUGGCCAACUAUCGACUGGUACAAGUACUUCUGCUUAUGGGAAAGACUUCCACCUCCCAUGAAGCAUGUUGCAGAGAUUCUAGGUGUUCGAGAGUCCUUCUUAGCCCAAGCCGUUCAGGGCAGGUUGCCAGAAAGAACUCCUGCACAAAAAGAAACGCUUCGAAUUCACAGACGAUUCUACACUGCACUAGCCCUCCAUGACCUUGUCCACGAGGCUCCCAUUAUCUACGUCACCAGACGAUAUGGGGCAACAAAGGGGUUGCUACAGACUCUACAAAGUGCAGCCGGUACAUUUGCUGGGAUGGUGACAGUAUUUUGCAACAAGCUCGGCUGGAAAAAUCUUGAACUUCUCCUUUCACAAUUCCAGAGCAGGCUGUUGUUUGGUAUCGAAAGAGAACUAUGUGACCUCGUUAAGAUAUCUUUGCUAAAUGGAUUCCGAGCUCGUGCUCUCUACAAUGCUGGUUUUCACAGUCUCCCAGCUCUGGCAACUGCCAACCCUUUACUGAUUGAGAACUGUCUACGAUCUGCUGUCCCGUUCAAGAGCCAAAAGAAUUCAGGAGCAGCUGGCGAGGGAACUUGUACAACCUGGUGUGCUAAACUGAGGCAAGGCUUGAGUGAGGAGAAAGCUGCCAAGCAGAUUGUAGAAGAAGCACAGAAAAUCAUAUCUUCUGAGCUCAAUUUACCUGCUUCAGCUUGGAAAAGACAAAUUACGGUGAAUAGUGAACUGAAGAAGCAGCCUUUAAAAUUUUCGGGGAUGAAGUUCCAGAAAUCUAAGAAAAUCAGGAAGAGUCCCAAUUUAGGUGAAAUUGCCGACGAGCUAAGUACUAAGAAACAAAAGAUUGUGCAGCCAUUAGAUAAUCUUGGUACCGCAACCCCUUCUCAUGUUAUCACCACGGCAAGGGAACCCAUGAGGCCCUCUUUACCUCCCCUUAUAACAAAUAAUGUAGUAGAGCCGGUCAAACAGCCACAAGCAAACACAUCCUCCCAACCCAAAAGUGUGAUUGCCACUCCAAUGGACACAUCUGCUCUACAUUUCAUCGAAGACUCUCUCAUUAGCUUUUCUCCGAUCCUCUCCCUUGAUCCCAGCCAGAGUUCUUCUAUCAAAGAGCAGUACAAACGAGAGAAACUCACACCCAGGGAGAGCCCAGAGCCGCUGCUGAUUGUUCCAGAUAGCUUUAUGGACAAUUCUUUCAGUUUCAGCUUUGACACCUACGAGAAGAUUGAUGCUGCCUGUCGUGCCGAAGGCUCAACUAGCCUGGUUCGAUCACCAGUGGAAUUAGUACGACCACAUAGGGGGGUUGAAAUUACAAAAUCAACACCCCCCAAAACAAUAUUACCCCUUUCGACAGUUGAUGUGGCAGUUGAAACUAUAGCUGAAUCCCCAGUUGAGAUUUUGGCUAACGAUGUAAAAUUAUUGCAAGGUGAAGUUAGUGUUAUUGCCGAGUCACCAGCUGCAUGUGGUAGUGAUCACCAAACAGACCGAGCCAAGGCAAGCUUAUUUAAGACACCAACAAGAAAGACCUUUGGACCAAUUAAUGUCACCUCAUCUCCACUAUGUCUUCGGGAGUUGUCCUCACUUUGUUCCAGUCAACUGACACAGUCUGGGGUGACCAUCAUCGACAUAACCUCUAACAAGACCCUUUUCGAUACUUUUGUCUCAGAAUGCCUUGAGCAGUCAUCUCUUUCUUUUUCUGUUGCCGUAAUGCGGACAGAUCAGAGUAACGGAAUUGGUUGCACAAUCAUUGAAAUGCCUGUUCAAAGGGGAAUUAUUCUUCCUGGUGGGAAUGAGCAAGUUGUUGGAAUUGCUUUCUGUUGGGGAGAGCUCGAUGUUUACUACAUGUCACUCUGUAAGUCUGUGGAGUGUGUAUCUCUAGAUAGUCGCAAUGAGGCAAUCACUAGGAUAUUCACUAAAUCAAACCAAGAGCAACGAUUAAUCGCCUAUGACAUGAAGAGACAUGUGAAGUACCUAGCUCUCACAUGUGGAAUACUGCCUGCUAGAGUUGCAUUAGACCCAAAAGUUGGAGAUUGGCUGCUCAAUCCAGACCAGAAAGAAAAGACUAUUCAUCGUAUGGUUCUUCAGUAUCUUCCUGACCAGCCCUCAAUGUCAGAAGAUGACGAUGAAGAUCAAGUACCUCUCUCCAACUUGGCCACCCAUGCCAGUGACCCACAGAUAAAAGCAUCAGCUGAGUCAGUGCUAGCAUUCCUGCUCACCUCAAAGGUGGAGGCUCUCCUUAAAACAGAAGGACUCCACAAACCAUUUAUUGAAGUUGAGAUGCCAUCCUUGCUGGUCCUUGCAAAGCUAGAACUCAAUGGCAUAGGCUUCUCCCCAGAGGAGUGCACUAUAGUUAAAAAUGCAAUGCAGAAACGGAUCUCAGAGUUAGAAAAAGAAGCCUACACACUCGCACACCAUACUUUUUCUUUGACAUCACCAGAGGAUGUGGCCCAAGUACUUUUUAUUGAACUGAAACUUCCACAUGGAGGAGAAAGUGGGAAAAAAACACUGGGUGCUAAUACUAGAAGAAAGCGAGCUACUAAUAUGAGCACUGCUAAAAGUAUCUUGGAGAAGAUCACUUCUUUACACCCACUGCCUGGGAUUGUUCUCGAGUGGAGAAGAAUAUCAUCCACUGUCUCCAAUAUGGUGUUUCCUCUCUUUAAAGAAGCUGUAUCUCAUAAAGACAUAAAGUCCAUCAGGAUCCAUCCUAAGGUUCAAGUUCAUACGGCUACUGGACGAGUUACCAUGUCGAAUCCCAGUUUGCAAAUGGUACCAAAGGAGUUUGAAAUUGGGACCAAGCUUUCCUUUACUUCCCUGCAAGCACCAUCACUUUUCUCUGACAGUCAGUACUUGGAAGUGUGCCAGAGAAGCACUGAUGAAUGUGAAGACAAGCUACCAUCUUCAGUUUCUAUGAGGAAUGUGUUUGUGCCUUUCAAGGGAGGAGUAUUCUUAGCUGCAGACUAUUCCCAACUUGAGCUACGGAUCUUAGCACACAUGUCAAAAGACAAGAAACUCAUUAAAUUUCUCAAUCACGAUGGAGAUGUUUUUCGGUUGAUAGCCAGUGAAUGGCUAGGUAUACUUCCUGAUGAAGUUGGAGACAAGCAGAGGCAAGAAACCAAGCAGAUUUGUUACGGGAUGCUCUAUGGAAUAGGUGCAAAGGCACUAGGAGAACAACUGGGUCUUGACGAGAAUGAUGCAGCUCAAUUUAUAGAGAGUUUUAAGAUGAAGUACCCAGCAAUGAAACGGUUCAUUAAAGAGACUGUUCAAAAUUGCAAGGAGAAUGGCUACAUUUGCACCUUGCUUGGAAGAAAACGAUAUCUUCCUGGCAUACACUCCACAAAUGUUCAUGCUCGUGCACAGGCAGAAAGACAGGCAGUAAACUCCUCUAUUCAAGGUUCUGCCGCGGAUUUGGUGAAGACAGCUAUGAUUAAGAUUGAUAGAGUGUUAGAAGAUAUUUUCCCCUCUACUGUGUUGACCUCCGCAGCUCGGACAGUUUCUAGUGGUGCUUAUUUUGUUCUACAGCUCCAUGAUGAGUUAUUGUACGAAGUUGCUGAAAAGGACCUGCCACAAGUUGCAAGAAUAGUUAAAGAAGGUAUGGAAAACGCUAUGAAACUGACUGUUAAGUUCCCUGUUAAAGUUAAAAGUGGCUUAUCUUGGGGACAGUUAGACGUUUACAAUGUUCAAUAACACUUCUUUUUAGCGCAACCACUUUUACAUUAAUUUGUGCUGACCAUGUUUGCAAAUGUGAAUACAAUAAUUAAACUAUG